UAACUAGAACCCUAAAAUCAAAUUUAACUAGAACCCUAAAAUCGAAUCGAAGCACCUCAGCAAUGGAGAUGCGCCUCUCCCUCGAACGCGAUCGGAAGAGUGCUGAAACCUCUUAUGCUCAGAAUCCGCUUGAUGGUGAUAAGUUGGCUAGGUGGGGACGUGCAUUGCUGAAUCUAGCACAGUUCGAGCAUGGAGCCAAAUCGAAACAAAUGAUUUCUGAUGCAACCUCAAAGUUGGAGAAGGCAUUGACUUUGAACCCUAAAACGAAGCAUGAUGUGCUUUGGUGUUUGGGAAAUGCCUAUACUUCAUAUGGUUUAUUAGUUACUGAUAUGGAUGCAGCUGCUCUUUACUUUGAAAAAGCAACUAUGUGCUUUAAGCAGGCAUCUGAUGCGGAUCCCUCAAAUGACCUUUACCGCAAAUCUUUGGAUGUUGCUGCUAAGGCUCAAGAAUUGCACAUGGAAAUGCACAGACAUGGUCCCAUUCAACAAACUAUGGCAGCAGAACCUUCAACAUCGACAAGCACAAAGAGUUCAAAAAAGAAGAGCAGUGAUCUCAAUUAUGACAUUUUCGGAUGGGUCAUACUUGCCGCUGGCAUUGUUGCAUGGUUGAUAAUUGAUAGUAAACCACCGCAUCCACAAUGAAACCCAUAGUACAUACAGCUUUACUGGUGAAGAUACUCUAUUAGAGUUUUUCCUUUUGCAUAUACAGGGCGCUAGGCAUUUUAUGCCUGUCAUUUAGCUUGUUACUGAAACUUUAAAACUUUCUGGUGAAAACUUUAAAGACUUUUUUCUCUGGUGUAUAGAUCAAAUAAGACUGUUUUUCUUUUAAGCUCUCGA